GAUCGGCUCAGCCAACUGGAAUCUGCCACUGAUUAUUAUGGCAUCAUUGCAAGACUGUGUCAAGUUUCAGAGGUAUAAUGGCAAGCUAGUCUAGAUCACCCGAUGGAUGUGGCACCAAAAAAAUGUGGGGUCAAACUAGAUCCACCAAUGCUUGUCUUGACAUAUGAAAAUGCUUCAAAGAAGUUGCGAGUAAGGUCAAUGCCGCUCAGGAACUUUACCAAAAACAGCAACAUCCCUCGUUUUGCCACAGAACUAAAGAACAAUCCCAGACACAAGCAAUACCUAGAACAUGUUAGUAAGUUUCAGAUUGAGAAGUUACUUAAAAUUGUUCAGGAGGUCCUGCGUGGCUCAAGUCUGAAUGAGAGUUUAGAUAUUACAAAAAAGGAAUAUGAAAUCGACCCAAAUGAGGAUUUGAAUAAAUUGGACGAUGAGGAUCUGCAACGGAAGAAAACCGCGAUGAAUAACAGUUAUGAGAUGAACCGGAGAAAGCCAGGUGAUCCAGACUAUCAGUACGACAUAGAGGUUGAAUUUCCGGCAAUGAAAAAUGAGGGCAUUGAAACAAGUGCAUGGGAUUCAGGAUCAGAUUUAUCAGAUUUCUGAAGUUUUUCAACAUAUUUGCUAAACAGUUUUUCUUUAAAGAAAAAAUCAUAUGAAAUAGAGGAUAUAAUGUAAAUAACUUGUUUCACCUGUUCACAUAUGAUUUUGCCUGCUUCCAUUAAUAAUCACCAUUAACCACCGAUAAAACCCUCUACUGCCCUCUAUAAUCUUUUAUACCUUCCUACUAUAUUAUUUUCUUUGCUAUUCUGAAAUGAAUAGAUAUUUAUUUUGUAAUACAUAAUGAUGACUUAAUUUUUUUUUUUAUUUAAAUGCAAAUUCAUUCUCAUAUUUAUUUUGUAAUACAUUAUUGUAUAUACUGUAGUUGAAUUAAAUGGUUUUUUUUUGGUUUUUUUUAUUUAAAUGCAAAUUCAUAUUCUCUUGUUAUGUAGAAUUCAUAAAAACCCAUCUGCCAUUUUCUCUUAGUUGGAUUUAUUUUAGAAUAGUUUCUCUUUAUACAGUUUUUCCUGGAAGGUAAUAUUUAUUCAGCUACACAGUAUUUACUGUAAUAUAUCAGAUCUCAAGUUAUGGACACUAUAGUAAUACAGUAUAGAAUGACAAUACUUUUUACAAAAAGAAAUGUUAACAACUUUUGCUUUAGCUUGAGAGAUACAUUUGGGGUACAGUACUUUUAAUUUUUUAAUUUUUUUUUUUGUAGUGAAAAUUUCAGAAUAUUUUGGGUUCAGACUUUGAUAUAAGGCUGCUAAAUUGUUGACUAAUAAUUAAUUAUUAAGAAGUAUUAACAAAAUUAGUACAGCAUUACAUAUUUGAAAAUAUGAUUAUAUAUAUAUAUUUGUUUUUGUAUUUUGGGUGUUGGAUUUUACAGUAUUUGUUAGGUUUAAAUAAUCUUUCUGAUAUAUUACUGUAUAAAUGUUGAACUAGAGUACAAAAUUCAAAUCUGAAAUGAUUUGUUGAAAUAUUGAAAUUUACUUUUUUUUUAUUCAAUAAAAUAUAUAAUAGGAGUUGGUAAGGUAUUUCGAAUACAAUACAUCCACCUAUAGACAAAGUUUUAUUAAUGUGAGGAAAUAUGCCCACAAUAAUAGUGGUUAUAACAUUAAACAAUGUGUUAAGAUAUUAGCAAUAAAUUUGCUGUGUGUGUGCUAAUACCAUGCAUAAAGUGUGCAAUAAAUGCUCCACAUAUUUUUGUUUAAGGCGAUUUUGAUGUACAAGAAUUUUUUCAAUUACAAUUUAAAAUAAAGUGUUUUUACAAUGAUAACAUUUUCCAGAAAUCGAAUGGUUACAGUAUGUUCUUUAUGAUGAUGUAUUGUUAUGUUUAUUUUUAAGAUCCGUGUUAUGCUGACAUCAGCAUUGUAUGUGUGGGUAUUUUUAAACGCUGUGAUGACAUCAGCAUUAUUUCUCUUAUGUAAAUAAAGUGUUACUAAUGAACUUGA